CCUCGUCAUUUCUCCGUUAUUUCUUGGCUUUUCCUCCAUCCGUCUAGGGUUUUUAUAAUUAUAUAUCAAUUCGAUUCAGGUUUUGUGGUUAGUUACAACGAAGCCUGAAUCCAAUUCACGCUCUUGUAAUUCAACCCAAAUCCUGGAGGUUUUCCUUUUCUCUCUUUGAAUUCGGAAAUGUCUUCCAAUACCUGGACCUCUCGUUUCUCUGUUCCCUCUUCCUCCUCUUCUUCUUCCUCAAGGCGGUGCCUGAAUCGAUCUGAUCUGUUUUUCGUAGGAGGUUACGACGAAGUUGAUGGAGAUGAUGAUUUGAAAGCGGAGUUUCUGUGUCCCUUUUGUGCUGAGGAUUUCGACAUUGUUGGGCUCUGCUGCCACAUCGAUGAGGAGCAUCCUGUUGAAGCCAAAAAUGGGGUUUGUCCAGUUUGUGGUAAAAGGGUUGGAACAGAUAUUGUUGGCCACCUCACCAUGCAGCAUGGAAGCAUUUUAAGAAUAUCCUUUUUGUGAAGUGGAACUGAUUGUGUUUCUAUCUUGCUCAUGUCCUAUCUCAUUUUUUGUUCUCAUAGUGGGAUGAAUACUUUCCCCACUCCAUAUCUUACAAAAAAAAUACCUUCCCCGUUCAUAAGAUUCAUCCUUCCAUCAAUUUUGAAGGAGAUUUAAGGAGUCAAUGAACUGUUUUUUCUGUCUUAAUACUUAAAAUCUUUGCAUGGUUAUACAUGUUGAAGUGAAUUGUGAUUUUAUUAGGGGCUUAGACAUUUUUUCUCUCUCUCUCUCUCUUUUUUUCCUUUUUUUUGUCUUGACCACCAUAUGAUUGACUUUUUGAAUUGUUUUUUGUGUCUCCAUUCUCAUCUCAUAAAAAGUUUCCUCGUGUGCUCUCAGGUCUUCAUUUGUAAAUUAAUUCUCUGGUUUAACUGUAUGCUAGAAUUGCCAUGAUGAGCAUUAUGUAUUGUUCCUUAACCAGAUAUUACGUGCAGCGCAGGCGGCGAUUACGGAGGGUUGGAUCCAAUUUGACAUUUUCUAUGUUGAGAAGAGAAUUGCGAGAAGGGAAUUUGCAAGCCCUUCUUGGGGGAUCCUCAUUCCUUGCCCCCUCUUCCAGUGCAGACCCUGAUCCGUUAUUGUCAUCAUUUAUAUUUAGUCAGCCCUCAGCUAAUGAGCCUGUAAAUGUGCAGCCUCUUUCUAUAGUUGGAGGAAGCUCUGUAAAUGAAAGCUCAAAGAAGGAAUUGCCGCAAAGAAAUUCCCAACAGCCUCCGCUGUCCGACAAGGACCAUAAAGAGAAGGCUCAGAGGAGUGUGUUUGUUCAAGGACUGUUGCUGUCCACUAUUCUUGAUGAUGACUUAUAAGUUAUCAAUCAAAUAUUUGUAGUGAAUGUGCCCGGUUAGGUGUGAGAGUAAAAAUAUGAAGAGGGAAGCAAUGUUAGCUUUAGCUCAUCACACAAGUGAUAAUAAUCAGAUCAGAACAACUCUGUUCUCCUAUAUUGUAUGUAGUGCUUUUUGUGCAUAAUUAAUGGAAAGAUGGAAGAACUUAUCCUACCUUUCUGUGUGGGGGUUAUCUCAUUUUUAC